AUGAUUGUGCGCAGCUGCGCCCGGUGCGCCUCCAGGGCCCGAGUUCUGCGGACGAAGCCCAGCAUCUCCCCCCCGCGAUAUCAAUACCGAAGCUAUGCGACACCUCACGGAGCUCCAGCACCGGCGCAUGGAACGGGAGCGGGAUUGCUGGCGCCGCUUGUCAGUGAGCUGGAUCGCAUGGCGCCGAGCUUCGAUGUUCGAGGAGAGCAGAUCCGCAUCUUGAAGACGCCGGCCGAGUUCUACGAGACGCUCAAGGACCGAAUACGGAACGCUAAGAAGAGGAUAUUCCUGUCGACUUUGUACAUUGGAAAGUCGGAAAAGGAGCUCAUCGAGACGCUGCGGGAGGCGAUGAGGCUGAACCCGGACUUGAAGCUGAGCAUUUUGACGGAUGCGCUGCGGGGGACGCGCGAGUCGCCGGCGGCUUCGUGCGCUUCGUUGCUGGCGCCGCUGGUGAAUGAGUUUGGGGCUGAUCGUGUUGAGAUCCGGAUGUAUCAUACGCCGAACUUGACGGGGUUGAGGAAGCAGUAUGUGCCGAAGAGGAUUAAUGAGGGAUGGGGGCUGCAGCACAUGAAGCUUUAUGGGGUGGAUGACGAGAUUAUCAUGUCUGGGGCAAAUUUGUCUAUGGAUUACUUUACGAAUCGACAGGAUCGCUAUCACCUUUUUUCGUCCAAGGAGGUGACUGACUAUUUCUGGGGCAUCUAUAAUGGCGUCGCAUCGUUUAGCUUCCUCGUUCAGCCGUCAAAGGAGGAGGCUGCUGGAUACACCCUCUCUUGGCCAACAACAAACUCUGCUCCCUCACCUUUAGAGAAGCCCCAGUCCGAAUUAAAGGACACCCGAGUAUACAUGCUCAGCCAGAUGUCUCAGGUCAUGAAUCCGGAUACUUCAACAGAGCUUCCGGUGUUGACGCGGAUUCUCGAAAGGUUGUCGCAGCCGGCAUAUGCUGGAUCAUCGUGGACGUUUACUGCUGGAUACUUUAACCCUGCCCCGUCAUUAACCAAGUUGCUUCUCAACACGGCUUCCAAUAGGAAUGUCGUCAUUACGGCGGCGCCAGAAGCCAAUGGCUUCUACAAGUCAAAGGGAGUUUCUGGACUUCUGCCAGAUGCCUAUGUACUUCUCGCUCGUCGUUUCCUGUAUGCCGUCCAGCAGUGUGGCCGUGAGGGAGACAUUGCCUUGAAGGAGUGGCGUCUGGGUACAACUGGCCAGCCUGGGGGCUGGACGUACCACGCAAAGGGCCUUUGGAUAACAAUGCCCGGCGAUGUGCAUCCUAGUAUGAGCAUUAUUGGCAGCUCCAACUAUACGAAGCGGAGCUACUCUCUCGAUCUCGAGGCGGGAGCUCUGAUUGUGACUCGGAACGAAACACUAAAGUCUCGGCUCGGAGAAGAACAGGGCUGGCUGCAGGAUCACGCAGCGGGAGUCACGAUGGAAGAUUUUACGAGGUUAGAGAGGAGGGUUAGUCUCAAAGUGCGGAUUGCCAUGUGGAUUGUAAAGGUUGUGGGAGGCGCCCUGUGA